AUGACCAAGCUUUUGGAGCAAAUGCCAAAGUCUGCCCAUAAACUCGACCCAGAAACUCUCAAUUUGGUUGUACAGGCAUACAGCAAGAAAGGCUUGCUUUCCAAAGCAAAAAUUAUACUAGAUGGAAUGCUUCAAAACGAAUUUCAUGUCAAGAAUGAGACAUAUACUGCCAUAUUAAUGCCUUUAUGGUUAACUCCAGAUGAUGAACUGUGUAACAUAAUUAUUCAGGACCAUUGCCAAGUUAAUGACUUGAGAAAAGUGGGGGAGCUACUGGGUGUUGCAAUAAGAAAAGAUUGGGAGCUAUCCCUCACAAGUUACAAGAAUUUAGUACGAUUGGUUUGUAGGAAAGGUAGAGUCCAGUUCGCACUGAGCUUAAAGAACCUUUUGCUUGCACAAUGUCCACUUGAUGGGCUUAUCAUAUAUAACAUUCUUAUGUUCUAUCUUUUGAAAGAUGGAAACAGUUUGGAUGUUAAUAAGAUACUAACUGAAAUGGAAGAGAAGAAAGUUGUACUUGAUGAAGUUGGUCAUAAUUUUGUUGUAUAUGGUUUCUUGCAAUGUAGAGAUUUAUCUAGUUCUCUGCAUUAUCUAACUACCAUGAUUUCAAAGGGACUUAAACCAAGUAACCGCGGCUUGAGGAAGGUAAUAAGCAAGCUGUGUGAUGCUGGGAAUCUGAAAAAAGCCCUGGAGUUGAGUCAAGAAAUGAGAUUAAGAGGCUGGAUGCAUGAUUCUUCCAUUCAAACAUCUAUUGUUGAAAGCCUUCUUCUGUGUGCAUGGAAGAUUGACAAGGCAGUUCAUCUUAUGAACACAAUGCUGAAGAAGCAUAACAUUCCAGUUUCCACCAGUUAUGAUUUUAUCAUUCAUGGAUUCUGUGCACAAAAUAAACUGGACAUAGCUUUGAAUUUUUAUUCUGAGAUGUUGAGUUGGAAUCUCAAACCAAGAAUUGAUACAGUGGAAAUGCUUCUCCAUAGAUUCUGCCAAGAUGGGAAGACAGAACUAGCAGAACAAUUCCUUGUGGACAUGAGUCAUGGAGGUGAAACUCCAACCAGAAAAAUGUAUUGCCCUGUAAUUAAGAGUUAUCACAUGAAAAAGAAUCUUAGGAAGGCAUCAGAGCUCCUGCAAGCCAUGCAGGAAAAUGGCUAUCAGCCUGACUUUGAAACACAUUGGUCUCUCAUAAGCAACUUAAACAGUGCCAAAGCAAAGGACACUGAUAAUGCGAGCACGGGAUUUUUAUCAAGACUUCUUUUUAAAAGUGGCUUUCUUCAAAAGAAAUGA